AUGAGCGGGAAAAUUGAGAUUGCAUCUUCAUCAUCAUCGUUAGGGCAAAUCUUUUUACUUGUUCUUCUCGUCGGAGUCUCACAGAAUUUAAAACCUUACGUGAAGCCACGAUUGAGAGGCACAAUCGAAUCCACGAUUCGCCGAUUUUUCUGCUCUUACUUUCUUAGUGAGAGGAGACUCUUUUCUCCAGUUUAA